CCAUCUCUCAUUCCCCAAAACCGUCCAAAACUAGCUCAAUUUGGAUUCUCUUGCUAAUCCAAGUGAACCCCAGAAUUUUUUUUUUCUUUAUUAUCUUAACCUCUCGAACGCAAAUUCUCUUUCUUGAUACUGAAUAGGUGCAGAUAUUCCUUACACUGUACAGAAAAAUUUAUAAUUUUCGAUCUUGUUCUUGUUCGACAAGGAAUGGAUUGAUUUCUUGGGUCGAUUAAAUGGGAAGAAAAAUCAGUAUCCAUUUGAUUCUAUGUCCGUCGGAAUGAAGAUUUUCGGUUUUGGGUUCUAAUAGCGCCGCCGGUUCUUUGACGGGAUCUACAGUAUAUGGUUCAGUUCACUCUCUGUAAUUCUAUUGAUUCAAAGCUCUGACUUCUUUUUUUUUCUUUGGCUGUAGUUUAUGUUUUUGUUGAUUUUGUAUUUGAACUUGUUCUUGGGUUUUACUGUCUUGAAUUUGCGUGAAUUGUUUUUGAGAUAGUGAGAGAGAGAGAUAGGAAUAUACAGAGAAAGGAAAAAACUUUAAAGUGGUUAAUAGCAGUAAUGGUCUCUGCAAAUGAUCCAAUUGAAUCCAUUUUUAAUUCGUUUCAAGUGGUGAAAGAUGUUCUUUUGCCGCUUGAGUCGGGUAUGAAGAAAGCAGCAAAAGAUCUUGAAAGUUGCUGGGGAGGCUCUAACAAGAAGGGAAAGAAUCUUGAUUUCAUUGCCCUAUGGAAUGGUGGUGAUAAGAAUCGUAAAGUGGAGACCUGUGGUAUGAAGAAGAAGAGCAGCCAAAGUGCUAAUAGUAUUAAGAAUGUGCAGUGUGAAAAUAGUGAUGAGAAAAAGAAAGGGUUGUUCAUCAACUUUCCAAUUAUGUCUUUCAUGGGAAGCUCACCAAAUAUGGGGAAUGAACAUAAUGAGAACAAGGCUGAGGUGGUGAAAAAAGGUUGGAAAGAGAUGGACGUGGAGAGAGAUGAGGGAUCCUGCAUAAAGUGCUUACAGUUUGCGGUGACUUGGUCGUUGUUGUAUAAUGGUUUUGUCCAGGCUUUCCCAAGUCCAUUUAAGUUGGGGAAGAAGAGAUUUGGGAAAAUAGGAAAGGAAGAUAAAGAGCAUUCAAAUUUUUGUACUCAUGGGUUGAAAUCGAAGGUUACAUGUGAGCUAAAGCAAAGGGAGUCAAGGGCUCAAUUUGCUAAUGGGGCCAAGAGUGAUAGUUCAGGACAUAAGGAAGGGAAACAUGUCUCACUUGAAUGUCUUGUAGGGUUUAUAUUUGAUCACUUAACUCAAAAUCUUCAAAAGUUUGAUCAGCAUGUGCAGGAAAAUAAUGAGAAUCAGUGUAGUUGUUCACCAACACCAUCUCCUCCCUCUCAAUUUGAUCAUUUGAGGGCACUGAAGAGUAUUUUUGAGGGUCGAAAAGCUGAUGUUAAUGGGUUUUUGGGAAAUCUGAAAUUUGCUAGGGUGGGAGGUGUGCCUUCAAGUAUGGUUGGAGUUACUUCUUCAGUUAAUGAAGAGGGCACUGCUGGUGUUAGCACUGAAAGUAGAGAAGAAACUGGGGGUAGUUCACCACAGAAGCUGGCCAUUGGGAUACUUAGCAUUCCCCUAUCGAAUGUGGAGCGUUUAAAAUCUACCUUAUCCACUGUGUCACUGACAGAAUUGAUUGAGCUUCUGCCACAAGUGGGGCGAUCCUCUAAAGAACAUCCAGAUAAGAAGAAAUUAUUUUCUGUCCAGGAUUUCUUUAGAUACACAGAGUCAGAAGGAAGGAGGUUCUUCGAAGAACUGGAUAGAGAUGGGGAUGGCCAAGUAACAUUGGAAGAUCUUGAAGUUGCAAUGAGAAAAAGAAAAUUGCCACGAAGAUAUGCCCGGGAAUUUAUGCGCCGCACCAGGAGUCAUUUAUUUUCAAAAUCAUUUGGCUGGAAACAGUUUUUGUCAUUGAUGGAGCAGAAGGAGCCAACUAUUCUUCGAGCUUAUACUUCUCUCUGUUUAAGCAAGUCUGGGACACUCCAGAAGAGUCAAAUAUUGGCAUCACUUAAAAAUGCAGGGCUUCCUGCAAACGAAGACAAUGCUGUUGCUAUGAUGCGGUUCUUGAAUGCAGACACGGAAGAAUCUAUUUCAUAUGGUCAUUUCCGUAAUUUUAUGCUUCUGCUGCCCUCUGAUAGACUACAAGAUGAUCCUAGGAAUAUCUGGUUUGAAGCCGCAACUGUUGUAGCUGUUGCACCACCAGUGGAAAUACCUGCUGAGAGUGUUCUUAAAUCUGCAUUGGCAGGGGGCCUUUCAUGUGCACUUUCUACUUCUUUAAUGCACCCAAUUGAUACUAUAAAGACUCGCGUGCAAGCAUCAACAUUGAGCUUUCCAGAGAUUAUUUCAAAGCUUCCACAAAUAGGAGUUCGUGGUUUAUAUAGGGGUUCUAUUCCUGCAAUUGUUGGACAGUUUUCGAGCCAUGGCCUGAGAACAGGAAUAUUUGAAGCAAGCAAGCUUGUAUUGAUAAAUGUUGCUCCAACACUCCCAGAUAUCCAGGUUCAAUCGUUGGCAUCAUUCUGUAGUACAUUUUUGGGGACAGCAGUGCGGAUUCCAUGCGAGGUACUAAAACAGCGUUUGCAGGCUGGCAUUUUUGACAAUGUUGGGGAAGCUAUUGUUGGUACCUGGCAUCAAGAUGGUCUGAAGGGUUUUUUUCGUGGCACUGGUGCCACUCUUUGCCGUGAGGUGCCAUUUUAUGUUGCUGGCAUGGGUCUAUAUGCUGAAUCCAAAAAGAUUGCCCAACAGCUUCUGGGACGGGAACUGGAACCAUGGGAAACAAUUGCAGUUGGAGCCUUAUCUGGAGGGCUCGCUGCUGUUGUUACCACACCUUUUGAUGUGAUGAAAACUAGAAUGAUGACUGCUCCGCAAGGUAGAGCCUUGUCGAUGUCAAUGGUGGCAUUUUCUAUACUUCGUCAUGAGGGGCCUCUCGGUCUGUUCAAAGGAGCGGUACCAAGGUUUUUCUGGAUUGCUCCACUGGGGGCCAUGAAUUUUGCCGGCUAUGAGCUGGCAAGGAAGGCCAUGGUCAAGAAUGAGGAAGCAGCUUGAGAUCAACAGACUGAAAAGAAGUUGGCUAAUUCCUGGUAAAUAACGCCCUUCUCUUGGUAAAAAUGUGAUCCAUAACAGCCCCUGGGGUAUUACCUAGAAGCUGGGCAAUUAUGAACUGCAGAAAGUAAAUGCACUUUUUCUGAAACUAGUACUCACGAUGUGCUUCGGAUUUCAUCUGUGGACAACUCCACCGUUCUCUCCAAGGCAUUCUAAUUUCCAUCACAGUUUUCACCCUUCGUUACCUUGAGCUUGGCUUUUGAACAAUAUUUGCUCUGCAGGGGAGAAAUGUUCUUGGGGUAAAUUUUGUAUUUUUUGUCACAAUUUGCAGAAUUUGUGUACAUCUACAUCCUAUGUGCAGUUGGUUCCCUCU